CAAGGCAGACUGAAUUUCAGAGAGCUCCCGCCAUAAUCUCUUUCUCCAAAAUCUCAACACUCCUCCCUCUUGGCUUCGAUUCAGGGAUUGAGAUCUGGGUUUUGAAUAUGGGGAGGUGGGAUGGUGAAAAUACUAAUGGCUUAAGUUGCAGGAGAGCCAAAUCACUAUGAAAGCUGCUACAGAGAAGAGCAAAAAAGCAACCACUGUUCCGAGAGAGAGAAGAUCAGGUAUAAGUAAAACUGGAGCCAGCAAAUUUAGAAAAACUAGCGGGCAAAAUUCCAAAAGAACAGGGCAAGCUGAAUGUUCUUCAGUAAAACAAGACGAGCAUCCGUUACCAUCGAGUAAAGCUGAAGUACUGUUAGUGAAGCCUUUCGAUGAAACUAAAGGGACACAGGACUUGUCUGCACCUAAUCUUUGUCAAGGAAAGACAUUUCUUCCUGAUGCGAAGAUUAAGUUGCAACUUUUCCCCAUAGAUGAAGUCACUCGCAGGGGUUUAGAACAAGAUGGACUUUAUCCCUAUUUGGAACUCACCUUAAAAGCUAGAAAGAAGAUUUCUUCUGUGCUCGAGCACCUCAAUAAAAAGUGGGGCAGCUCAAAAAUUGCUAUUGGUGAACCGGUGCUUUUUCCCUAUGAUGUACAUGGUAGUAUGUCUAGUUGCAGAAGGUGGACAAAGAAAGAUAUUGACAUCAAAGCAGGAGAAAUCUAUGCAUUUAUUGGAAGUCCUGCAAAUUUUCAGUUAAGGUACGGUUGGUUCUCAACUUCUGAUUCUAAAACAUCUGAAGAGCUUCGUAAACCAUCAACUCCUUGCAAUGUUAAUUUGCAAUCUGAAAAUGAACAGAGACUUUGCAGUGCCGUUGGAAAAAAAACAGAUACGGAGGACAGACAAGUUGUGGUAUCAAGUGAAGAUUUUAAACUGAUCAAUAGGACCGACAGUAAACCCGGAAAUUUUGCUGCACGGUGGGUUGAUGAUAUAACUAAUAUAAGCAUUGGAGGCCUUUUAUCAGAAGCAUCUUUACAGGGUAAGUUCGGUAGCCAUGAAUCAAACUUGACAGAGAAAAAUAAUGGAGUGCAGCCAGUCCAAACAGAGUACUUCCCUAGAUCACUGCCAUCUUGGGAUGAUGGUCUAACCAAUAUAAGCAUUGGAGGCCUCCUAUCCGAAGUAUCCUUACAGGGAAAAUUCAGUAAUAAUACUGAAAAAGCUAUUGUGAGCAAUGCAGACUUUCAGCCAACUCAAAUGAUUUCUGACUCACUUGAUGCUUUUAUCUCUGCUCAACAUAUUUGUCCUCAAGGUCCUAGGCCACCUGCUCAUGAUUCACACUCGUCUAUUUUGGAUGCUGAAGAGACAUGUCAUGCAUUCCCUGUCCAAAAAUUCUCUUCCUCAAGCAAAAGGGUUUCAGCUUUUAGUGGCAGUUCUGGAGGCAGCAGCCAGGAUAGUGGCUCCAGAUCAUUCAGAUUUCCAAAAGUUGACGAGACCAAUGUUCAAGUUGAAGUUCCAAAAGAUCAUGCAUAUCAAGAAUCUCAGACAGAUGUCUUGCCUUCCUCGCAGAAGUAUAUUGAUGAAAGCAGCCUUGGGUUCGGAGGCAUCAAUUGGAGUGAAUCAUUGGGACCCUUUGAUCUUGGUCUACCUGCCUCCAGAAAUCUGUUCAAUGGAGAGAAAGACAGCAUAAAUGGAUUUGGUAAGUAAAAGUUUGAAACUGAGAGGUUACUCCUGUUUAUCAAAACACAAUCAAAUUCAGUAAAAUAAUUGUUUAAUAAUAGAGAAAAAAUAUGGGUUAACAUUUGAUUUGUGUAACUAUUCUAUAGUAAACAAAGCCCAGAGUACUUUAAGUUCAAUUCAAUGUAAUGUAUAACAGUAAAAAAUAUUGUAUCUUAUACCAGAUAGCAUUAUCUUUGGUGUAUUUUUUUAAUGCUCUUUGAUUGAAA